AUGACCGCGAUAGUGAAAUAUCACUGGGUAACCAGCAUUCGACCGCUUCUUUAUCAACGUGGUGCGCGGUACUUGGAAGCAAAUUGCUGUAUCCACUGCCUUGUGUGCGGUUUUUGGUUGUGGCAAUCAAGAAUUGGAGAAAGAGGGACAGGAAACUGUCGAGAUAUGGAGUACAGUGGACAAUUAUUGAAUGGAGAGGAUGCCGUGGGGAGCAUGUCGAGGGUGGUACCCCUCAACUUGGUACAGAGUGGAAUUGUGUCGCAGUCCGGUGCACUGGCAGCCUCUGUGAGGGAACACGGGGCUCGUGACUCGCAACAGACGUUUCUGGGGCUCACCGCGCAGCCGGAUCUGCUGGGUACAGACCCGAACGCGACAUUGUCCAUGCUGGAUUCGAUAAUGGCGAAGUUAAAGAGUCCACACACGGAGGAGAGACUUGUGGCGGUUAAAUACCUGGAAACCUCCAUUGUUUUGCUCGCCCGGGAGUCGUCCGCGGAGGACUUUCAGCAGGUUGAGUCCUUCAUCAACAAUAGGGUCGUUUCCAUGAUCAAGGGGAGCUCCUCAAACGAGCGGAUAGGCGGGAUACUUGCCGUGAACGCUCUGAUCAGGUUUUACUCAGAUAUCGAAGAGCUCCCACGAAACGCAAUGAAGUUGACAAAUGCGCUGCGGGCGUUGAUCCCUUCAAGCGAUAUAGAGGUGAUGAGACUCGCAGCGGAUACAAUGUGGAAAUUGGCACUCCCGGGGAAUCCUCUGAUGUCAGAUUUCGUUGAAAUGGAGAUCAAGAACUGCACAGAGUGGCUAACCACGUCGCCGGAAAAUACCAUAUUCAACUCAAAACAGGAAAACAAGAAGCAUGCGGCCAUAUUGCUGAUCGGAGCUUUGGCUGCAAACUCGCCGUACACAGUUGCCCCAUAUGUGACCACCAUACUGGAUAAUAUAUGGCGAGCGUUGCGGGAUAGUAGAGCCGUGCUAAGAGCUGACGCUGCGAAAACCGUGGAGAAUUGCCUUCUGAUUGUUAAGAGGAGAGACAGAGUCUUAUUGACCCAAUGGAUCGAAAGGCUUCUUGACUCGUGUUCUCACGAGCUCACAUUGCACACUACGGAAUCGAUACAUUCUUCAUUAUUGAUAUACAAAGUUGCCCUAAGAAUCGGGGACCAGUGCUUAGCCCAAUAUUACGACGCAAUAUUCCAGGCUUCUUGGAAUUUCAGAGACAUUAAAACAGACUUAAUCAGAGAGGAAACGUACAAUAUACUGCCCAUGCUCGCACUGAACGACGUGUCCCAGUUCUCUGCCAACUAUUUGGAUCAGACAAUGCUUAGCUUGUUGAAAAAAUUACAGAACCCGGCGAUAAGCGCGUUGAAUAAAAAGGAUUUACCUCUAAUCUUCAAAUGCAUAGGGGAUAUAGCUGCCGUAGUCGGUAUCGCGAUUGACCCGUAUAUCGUUGCCAUUCUAGAUGCUAUUAGAGCUGCAUUGAAUAUGAAAUAUAAAAACCGCAUGAACUUUGAAAGGGAAACUUUCUAUUGCAUUGCCAAUCUUGCCAUCGCCUCUGGAAGUAUGAUGGCUCGCCAAAUUGAUGAUAGCCUAUUGGAUAGUAUGUUGAAUUGCCCAUUGUCUGAUUAUAUGCAAAGAUCUCUCGAGACGAUUAAUGAAAAAAUUCCCGAAUUGGAGCCCAUAAUCAGUAGUAGACUACUGGAUCUCAUAUCAUGCACAUUAUCAGGGAAUAAAUUUUGCCUGCCGGGGUCUCCCUCAGGCUUGAAACUAUUCUCCGCAAAAACUGCCCGUAUAUGGAGGAACGAGAAUGACCUGCGCCAGAAAGGAAAAAUUAAUGACGAUGCAAAUGAUACCAAGAUCGUUAUCCAGGCCCUUUGCAUGCUACAAACAAUAAACUACAAGUAUCCAAUGACUGAAUUUGUGAGAGGCACAAUAAUAUCAUACAUAGAACACAAUGACCCCCGUGUUCGCGAGCUGGCAGCGGUAACAUCCUGUGACCUGUUUGUAAGAGACGAUAUAUGUCGACAAACAUCUGCCAACUCAUUAAACGCUGUAUCAGAGGUUCUCUCAAAACUUUUGACUGUGGCCAUUACAGAUAUGGUUCCAGAAAUUAGGCUUCAGAUUGUAAGACAUAUGAACCCUUGUUUUGAUGUACAACUAGUUCAGCCGGAAAACAUACGGCUGUUGUUUGCACUUCUAAAUGAUGAGGUAUUUGCGAUCAGGGUGGAAGUGUUGAGAGUAAUUGGUAGACUUACUUCUGUCAAUCCGGCUUAUGUUGUACCGUCCCUGAGAAAAGCUCUGCUACAACUACUCACCGAACUGAAAUAUGUGAAGAUACCACGGAAAAAUGAAGAAUGCCUAACAAUGCUUUACACAUUAAUCAGCUCUACUAAGGAAAUUACCAAACCAUAUAUUGACCCAAUCCUAACUAUCCUGAUACUGAAAAUGCAAGAUAUUUCAUCGUCUGUUUCCGCUACGGCGUUGAAGGCCGUCGGUGAACUGUCAAUAGUUGGUGCUAAAGAUAUGCUCGGUUAUUUGAAAGAGCUGAUGCCCCUGAUAAUCAAUGCCUUGAGAGAUCAGUCGAACUCCUAUAAGCGGAAUGCCGCAUUAAAAGCUUUUGGACAGCUUUCGUCAUCUUCAGGAUAUGUCAUUGAUCCGUUUCUUGACUUUCCAGAAAUCCUAACUGUUCUGAUUAAUAUCCUGAAAUCAGAAGCCACCCAAAACGUCAAAAGGGAAACUGUUAGGCUCAUUGGAACACUGGGGGCAUUAGACCCCUACAAACACAGGGAAGUUGAAGAAACAUCAAAGAAUAGCAUGGCGUUGGAACAAAACACGCCCUCAAUAGAUAUUGCGCUGUUGAUGCAAAACGUAUCGCCUUCUAACGACGAAUACUACCCCACGGUCGUAAUAACGAUCCUUUUGAAGAUAUUGAAAGACAAUUCCUUGAUAUCACACCAUACUGCAGUGAUUCAGGCAAUUGUUCAGAUUUUCCAGACGUUAAAACUGCGCUGUGUUACAUUUUUAGGACAAAUCAUACCCGCAAUGAUAGAGGUGAUGAAUUCCUGCUCCUAUUCUCUCCUUGAUUUUUAUUUUCAGCAGAUGGGCGUUUUGAUAUCGAUCGUUAAGCAACAUAUACGGCCACACGCAGAUGAAAUACUGACCGUCAUACAAAAGUACCUAGAAACGCCGAAAUUACAGCUGACUAUAAUAACCGUUAUUGAAACGUUAUGCAGCGCCCUGAAGAUGGAGUUUAGAAAGUACAUCCCUACGACACUAACCCAGUUUUUAAACAUUCUGGAAGGCGAUAAAACUCCAGACAAAACUGCAUCCAUCGCCAUUUUACAUUGCUUGUUGACUUUUGAUGACAAUCUAGAGGAAUAUACAUACCUGAUUGUUCCAACGAUAAUCAAAUUGGCAGAAUUUUCAACUACCUCUUUGAAACGCACUGCUAUUAUAACGCUGGGUAAGUUAACACGCAGCAUCAGCCUUUCAGACAUGUCAUCAAGGAUUGUUCAUACCUCUGUUCGUUCGUUAGACACCCGUGACCCGGAGACAAUUCGCUUAACCAUGAAUACAUUAAUUUUGCUCUUACUUCAGCUCAACGAAGAGUUUACUGUUUUUAUUCCUGUUGUCAACAAGGCCUUGAUAAAGAACAACAUUAAACACUCAGUCUACGACGAGCUGGUUCACAAGACUUUGAAUAAGGAACCGCUUCCACCUGCUGUAGUUCUUGAUCAAGAUUUUGAAAAGAGUUCUCAAGAGAACAAUGAGGUUGAACAAGAGCCGAAGAAACUACAAAUUAAUCAGUCUCUGUUGAAAAGCACCUGGGAUUGCACUCAACAGAGAACUAAAGAGGAUUGGCAGGAAUGGCUGAGAAGACUCUCCAUCCAGCUUCUAAAGGAGUCUCCAUCGCAUUCAUUAAGGGCUUGCGCCGGCUUGGCAGGUGUAUACCCUCCAUUAGCAAAGGAAUUGAUCAAUGCCGCCUUUGCAAGUAUAUGGAAUGAGCUGUUCACGCAGUAUCAAGAGGACCUAAUCCAAUCGCUAUGCUUGGCGCUAUCGUCGCCCCAAAACCCGCCUGAGAUCCACCAAACUCUAUUAAACCUUGUAGAGUUUAUGGAACAUGAUGAUAAACCAUUGCCUAUACCAUCACAAAAACUGGGGCAAUAUGCAGAGAUGUGCCAUGCUUAUGCUAAGGCUCUACAUUUCAAAGAGGUAAAGUUCGUGCAAGAACCUAUUGAUAAUGCAAUUGUGGAAUCGUUGAUCAGUAUUAACAACCAAAUAUAUCAGAACGAUGCCGCUGUUGGUAUCCUGAAAUUUGCACAAAAACACCAUAAUUUGCAAUUACAAGAAACCUGGUACGAGAAGCUUCAACGUUGGGAUGACGCCUUACAGGCGUACACCAAACGUGCCGAGGCAGGCGAAACCUCAACGGAAGUCGUUAUAGGCCACAUGAGGUCGCUCCACGCUCUGAGCGACUGGGACAACCUUUCGAAAGUGGCGUUAGACAAAUGGGAUAUGGCCGAUUCUACCAUGCAGAAAUCAAUUGCCCCAUUAGCUGCUGGGGCUGCGUGGAGUCUUGGCGACUGGAAUAACAUCAAGAAGUACAUUUUUGCCAUGAAACCUUUAUCACCGGACAGAGAGUUUUUCAGUGCUGUUUUGAAUCUCCACGAGAAUAACUUUGAUGAUGCAGAGAAGCAUAUUUUCAAUGCGAGGGAUUUACUUGUUACAGAAAUUUCGGCACUAAUUAACGAAAGUUACAAUCGUGCGUACAACGUGGUUGUCAGAACACAGCUUAUAACGGAACUCGAAGAAAUAAUAUCAUACAAGAAACUGCCACCGAAUUCGGAGAAGAGAACUGUUUUGAGGGAAACUUGGAACAAGAGGCUUUUAGGUUGUCAAAAAAAUGUUGAUAUAUGGCAGAGAGUUCUUAAAGUGAGAUCCCUUGUAGUUAAACCGAAGCAAGAUAUGCAGAUAUGGAUCAAAUUUGCCAACCUAUGCCGCAAAUCUGGGAAAUUGAAUUUAGCAGAAAAAGCCCUAAACAGUUUGCUUGAUGACACCUCAGACGGUUUGCCAGUAAUGCCAGCAAAAGCUCCUCCACCGGUGGUGUAUGCACAAUUGAAAUAUUUAUGGGCAAAUGGUUCACAACAAGAAGCUUUGCGUUACCUAAUUGGGUUCACCUCUAAAAUGGCCCAUGAUUUAGGCUUGGAUCCUAGUAACAUGAUUGCCCAAAAUCUCACCCAAAGCUCAUCUUUGCUCGUCGCAAACGUUGAAGAGUAUACCAAAUUGCUAGCACGCUGUUUUCUAAAGCAAGGUGAAUGGAGGGUAGCUCUGCAACCGGAAUGGAGAGCUGAAAAUCCGGAUGCUAUUCUGGGCUCUUACCUACUUGCAACACACUUUGACAGCAAAUGGUACAAAGCUUGGCACAAUUGGGCGCUAGCCAAUUUUGAUGUUAUUUCAUCAUUAACGGCGGUCAAAAAACCAGAAAAUGAAAGCAACGAACUGUUACAGAAAAAUAUGGAGCUUAACGGAACUGGUUUAAUAGGAACAGACAAUUUGAAUAAAGACAGCACAAUGUUUUCAACAGAGCUAAUCCAGCGACAUGUUGUUCCGGCCAUUAAAGGUUUUUUCCAUUCCAUCUCCUUAUCAUCGACCAGCUCUUUACAAGACACUUUGAGGUUACUGACCCUUUGGUUUACCUUCGGGGGCCAGGACGAAGCGGCAGACGCAAUGCAAGCUGGAUUUCGACUUAUCAAGAUCGACAAUUGGCUCGAAGUUCUUCCUCAACUAAUCUCUCGUAUCCAUCAACCAAACGAAACGGUGAGCAGGUCUUUGUUAUCGUUGCUAUCAGAUUUGGGCAAAGCCCACCCUCAAGUGAUGGUGAAUCCACUGAUUGUUGCAAUUAAGUCGGAGUCCGUUUCUAGACAAAAGGCGGCUUUGUCGAUCAUUGAAAAGAUGAAGUUACACAGUACAAAGCUUGUAAUACAGGCUGAACUUGUCAGCGACGAAUUGAUCCGUGUUGCUGUAUUGUGGUAUGAACUGUGGUAUGAAGGGCUAGAGGAUGCGAGCCGCCAGUUUUUCGGUGAGCACAAUACUGAGAAAAUGUUUGCGACUUUGGAACCACUGCACGAACUGCUGAAGCGCGAGCCAGAAACAAUCCGGGAACUGUCCUUUCAAAACAUGUUUUCAAGGGAUUUGAAUGAUGCUUACGAAUGGGUCCUGAACUACAAGAGGUCCAAGGAUACUAGUAACUUGAACCAGGCUUGGGAUAUUUACUAUAACGUGUUUCGUCGGAUCAGCAGGCAAUUGCCCCAGUUACAGACGUUAGACCUACAACAUGUUUCUCCGAAGUUGUUGCUAGCUAAGGAUCUAGAGAUGGCCGUCCCAGGGACAUACGUCAUCGGAAAGCCUAUUAUCAGCAUAUCGUAUUUCGACCCUAUAUUUACAGUUAUCUCCUCGAAGCAGAGACCAAGGAAAUUUUCUGUGAGGGGGAACGACGGGAAGGACUACCAAUACGUACUAAAGGGUCACGAAGAUUUACGGCAAGACAGUCUGGUGAUGCAGUUGUUUGGACUAGUAAAUACCUUACUGGGCCACGAUGCAGAAUGUUUCAAGAGACAUUUGGACAUUCAGAAGUAUCCUGCGAUUCCACUGUCUCCGAAAUCAGGUAUACUGGGAUGGGUUCCCUACAGUGACACAUUCCACGUUUUGAUCAGAGACCACAGGGAUGCGAACAAGGUGCCCCUGAAUAUUGAACACUGGGUUAUGUUACAAAUGGCUCCUGACUACGAUAGUUUGACGUUGCUAGAAAAGAUUGAGGUGUUCCAGUAUGCGAUGGAUAACACAAAAGGACAAGAUUUGGCUCAGGUUCUGUGGCUGAAGAGCAAAUCGUCUGAAGCAUGGUUGGACAGGAGAACUGUUUUCACAAGAUCGUUGGCUGUCAUGUCGAUGGUCGGAUACAUUUUGGGUCUUGGGGAUCGUCAUCCGAGCAAUUUGAUGCUUGACAGAAUCACCGGAAAGGUCAUCCAUAUUGAUUUUGGGGACUGUUUUGAGGCGGCGAUUCUACGGGAGAAGUUCCCCGAGAAGGUGCCCUUCAGAUUGACCCGGAUGCUGAUCAAGGCGAUGGAGGUGAGUGGAAUCGAGGGUAGUUUCCGUAUCGUUUGCGAGAAUGUGAUGCGUGUGCUGCGUGACAACAAGGAGUCGCUGAUAGCAAUCCUAGAGGCGUUUGCCUUUGAUCCCUUGAUCCACUGGGGGUUUGACUUACCGACUGAAAAGAUAAUCGAGGAGACCGGGAUCCAGUUGCCCCUGAUUAAUCCAAGCGAAUUGCUGCGGAAGGGUGCGAUUACGGUAGCGGAGGCUGGUAAACUAGAGAGCGAGCAGCAGGCCGAAAUCAGAAACGCAAGAGCUUUGCUGGUGCUCAGGAGAAUCACUGAUAAGCUAACCGGUAACGAUAUUUCCAGGUUCAAAGGGUUAGAGGUUGCCGACCAGGUAGACAAGCUGUUGCAACAGGCGAUGUCGAUAGAAAACCUGUGCCAACAUUACGUUGGAUGGUGUCCCUUCUGGUGA